CUUCACCCAGAAUCCCCUAAAGUUAACAUCUUACAUAACCGUAGUACAAUUAUCAAAACUAUUGAUACAAUAAUAUUAUUACUUGAUACACCUUGUUCAAAUUUCGUCAGUUGUCCCAUUCACGUCCUUCUGUUCCAGGGUCCAAUCCAGGAUUUUACUUUGCGUUUAGUUGUCCUGGACUUGGCUUUUUUUUUUUCCUUCUUUUUUUAAUCCAAAAGGGCUAUGUGUUUCUUGGGCAAAUUAAUGUCCGAGUCUGUCUUCUGUCUUAAUAGACGUGAUGUGAUUAAGAAUCAAUAAAAAAAAUACAUGUAGAAUGUUUUCGGAAACUUCAAAGGUAACGAAAUUGUUCUUACUGCUCAAAGCUGGGCACAUCUAGUGUGGCCUUUCAUUCAAAUUAAAACAAAAAUAAAAAUAGAAGCGUAUUAUUAUUGUCGAGAUGUUUGUCCCCAAGUAGGACCCGUAGCUUCUCCCUUGGCCGCCAGGAUACGCUCCCUCUAAUUGGGCAGCGUGUACCCGCGCUGACGCAGGAAGGCCGCCUCAUUGGUCCGCGCAGUCGGGACUCAGGCGGCUUUUCUCUUAGUGCUCAAGGCGCCGACCCGUUUCUCUUUCUCCAGCCGAACGCUCCCUUCCUUCCGAAGUGCCAGCCUGAAGGGAUCCAGACUGAGAAAGAGCAUGAUAAACCCUAUCAUGCAUGGUCAUGGUAUGGAUUUGCUGAGAUCCUGCUUAUGAAAACAGUCACUCUUACGGUCCUGUACAUAAUAGGAUCUGAGCACAGGCACCAUGACGACCCUGGAUGAUAAGUUGCUGGGGGAGAAGCUGCAGUACUACUACAGCAGCAGCGAGGAUGAGGACAGUGACCACGAGGACAAGGACAGAGGCAGGGGUGCCCUGGCUGGCAGUUCCAUGCCUGCAGAUGCUGAGUUGGCAGGCGAAGGCAUCUCAGUUAACACAGGUCCAAAAGGCGUGAUCAACGACUGGCGCCGCUUCAAACAGCUGGAGACGGAGCAGCGGGAGGAGCAGUGCCGGGAGAUGGAGAAGCUGAUCAAGAAGCUGUCCGUGAGCUGCAGGUCCCAUCUGGACGAAGAGGAGGAGCAGCGGAGGCAGAAGGAGCUCCAGGAGAAGAUCAGUGGGAAGAUGACUCUGAAGGACUUUGCCAGGAUGAAUGAGGACCAAGAUGACGAGGAGUUCCUGCAGCAGUACCGGAAGCAGAGGAUGGAAGAGAUGCGGCAGCAGCUCCACCAGGGGCCCCAGUUCAAGCAAGUUUUUGAAAUCCCCAGUGGAGAAGGGUUUCUGGACAUGAUUGACAAAGAGCAGAAGAGCACCCUCAUCAUGGUCCAUAUUUACGAGGACGGCAUCCCGGGGACCGAAGCCAUGAACGGUUGCAUGAUCUGCCUGGCUGCGGAGUACCCAGCCGUCAAGUUCUGCCGGGUGAAGAGCUCGGUGAUCGGGGCCAGCAGUCGCUUCACCAGGAACGCCCUUCCCGCCCUGCUCAUCUACAAGGGGGGCGAGCUGAUUGGCAACUUUGUCCGUGUCACUGACCAGCUGGGGGAAGAUUUCUUUGCGGUGGACCUUGAAGCUUUCCUCCAGGAGUUCGGGUUGCUCCCAGAAAAGGAAGUCUUGUUGCUAACCUCCGUGCGUAACUCAGCCACCUGCCACAGCGAGGAUAGCGAUUUGGAAAUAGAUUGAAUGGCUGGGCUGGUGGCAUAAAUUUCUCAUUGUUUGGGCUGGAAGACACACGUCCAUGUGUUUAUUUUCGUUCUUUUCUGUGUCUUCUGGCUUUUCUGCUGUUCUUUGUAGUCCCUUUUCUGAUAUGUCAAGUCAAGAAAUUCUUCUAUCAAAUCAGAAUGCUGAAUCACCUUGUGGCUAUCCAUAAAGUGACCUAACAUUGUAUAAACAGGAAGCCAGGCUUUUGAACUGUUUACUUAAGAUUCUCUAGCAUGACAUCUCUGUUAUUGUUUCCAGUCAGUAUUUACAUAGCAUCCUGAAGACAGUGUCCUGGAAAUUGUCUUCAGAUGAUCUCAGAGGUCUCUGCCAGCUCGGGGAAUAUAAUUCUGUAGUUAGUGUGUUAUUUGCAACAUAAGUAAUACAUUUCCUUCAGCAAAUGAUUGUAAAUUGUAUUUACUUAUAAUCAGACUCAGAGUCUUAGAAGGCAGUUAAAUUUUUUAACCCUAGACCGUAUUCUCUCCCAGGGUCUUGUUUAAAGGUUCCAGACCAUGUAUGUUUGCCCCAUCAAGAGCGGGGUGACCUUUGUCGCCAGAGUCGAUAUCCUGCUCAAGCAUUAUUAAGUCUACAAUAGAGGAAGGAUCGAGAUGGACUGCCCUCUUGAUGCUGAAAGACCAGCUUGGCUUUAAAAUUAGAGCUGAGAUAGAGCUGGGAAGCGUUUUUAAAGGAAGAUCUUUCAAUUAAGAUACCCCUGCUCAUCGUUUUCUCUGUUUCUUUUUUAUUUAACAAGGUAAUUUUUUUGGUUUCAUGUAGCUUUUGUUAAAACUUUUUUGCAUAUUAGAAAAGUUAAUAUUCAAUAGAAUACAGAAAAUACAGAAGCAAAAA